CUUCGUGAUGUUAGUCUGGCUGUAAAAGGUCGGAUCUACAACGCGUCAGUGAGAGCAGUUUUGCUCUAUGCUUGUGAAACCUGGCCUCUCCGAGUUGAGGAUGUUAGACGGCUCUCUGUGCUUGAUCAUCGUUGUCUCUGGAGGAUUUCUGACAUCCAGUGGCAACACCAUGUUAGUAAUACAGAGAUUCGGCAUCGUGUGUUUGGGCACAAAGACGAUAAUGCAAUCGGUGUCACCAUCUUGAAACACCGACUUCGGUGGCUUGGACAUGUUUUACGAAUGCCGUCCCAGAGAAUUCCACGUCGUACAUUAUUUGUAAGAAGCGGAGAGGUGUUCAGUGUAUGACAUGGUGUCGGGGUAUGAAAGAAAGCUGCAAGGAGCUGGUUUGUGUUGGUCCUUUACGACUCCCUGGCUGGGGUCCGAGAGAUGGUGCAACACAGUGGCUAGAGACGUUGUAAUAUAUAGCUCAGAAUAGAAGCCAGUGGCGAUCCUGCUGUAACCUUCUUUUACUUUAUAAAAAGUGGUUGUAUCUUCCUUAACUGGAAGAUUUCUUCUGAUUGUACCUUUCCGUUCCCCCAUUAUUAUUACACUACCUUACACUAGUCUGGUUGUUAUUGUUCUUUUUUUUCUUUUACGCUCCUUACCUUUUUUCUCUUCCCAUUCUCAUUGUUUUGUGUGGCGCAUAUAUAUUUGGUGCCCUCUUGUACCAAUAUUUAUGUGUUCAAAUAAAAUAAACCCUUUCAUUUGCAUAUGACUACUUGUAUGUGUUUGAAUGUCUGAUUGGAUUAAUUUCCUGGAUUUAUUAAUUCGGAAAGCAUACAUAAUUUCACUUAUUCCAUUCUGUUCCAAUACAUUUCUAAAUAAUACCUAUUCUAAUUCAAUCCAUUACUGCUUUGCCCAAGUGUUUGUCUAGCUGUCAAAAAACAAGUUUGAUAUUACUUCAGUUGUUAUGUUAAUAAACCUGUGAAUAUCGUUGGAGUAUGAGCGCGAUUAUUAGUUCGAAUUCGUACAAAUAACCAACCAAUUAUGUAAAGGUUUUCGAAUAACUAAACUGAAACGACUAGAUUUUAUACUUAACAACUUUGUUACUUCUCAACCUUAUCAAUAGUUUCAGUGUUACUUAAAAUUAGAAUACCUUAAUCGUACUGUUUGUUAUCCCAUAACUUGAUAAUAUUUUGGUCCCUACAGUCAACUGAAAGCGAUUCCUAUUCGAAUCUUACAUAUGGAUAAUAUGAUCUAACUUUGAAUAUUUUAAUGAGAUUAAUCAUUAAGAGUUAUUUUUGAUGAAGGGUUGUCUGGUUAAUUGUUAACUUCCAUCCUUUUGGUUAAUCCAACGAAAAUUAACUGCAUAGAUUUCUGGAAAGUGACAUUUUUCUCCCUUUUAAGUUUUAAUGUCUGAUUUUUUUGCCUUAUAGUUAUUUACAACGAAAAUACCAAGUCGAAUAAUCAUAUCAUUGGGUUGUUUCUUUCUAGUUCACUAUAUUUUUGGACAUUCGUUAUCUGACGUCGUUCAAAAUGUCUAUGUAAAUGCUUCUCAUCCAUCUGUAUCACUAUUCCCAGCUUCCAACUUAUCUUCACCUAAAAAUGAGCCGAGUACAAAUCAGACCACGCAAGCUAAAUGGCAGCAUUUAUGUCCAUAUAUGAAGUACAAGUGUAGUGAGUUACCAGGUUAUUGUCUUAUGUGCAAUUUCAAUACUUCAUGUGUUUAUGGCGCGGUAGUCAAUGUUACUUGCUUCCCCCGUCCAGGAGUUUAUUGCAAAGAUUCAAGUGGUAUAGCUCAAGAAAACCAAACUUCUCAAACUAAUUCAUCAGACUUUUCUUAUCCGAUGAAUGAUCAAACAAAUUACCUAAUUCAAAAACCGAUUGUGUGUCGAUUUUGCCACCAGUUAGGUGAUACUGAGAUUGUUUGUAUCGGUCGAACUAAUUGUCGUCAACCUAAUGUACCUCGGAGUUUUUAUGAAACGAAAUGUGAACCAUUUCCUCAUAUACUAUGCCUAGGACGAAGAGUAUUCAGGCGUAUGGUGCCUUGUGAUUGGUCUUCUGUUUAUUUUUCGGUGGUUUGGGAGUUGAUCGUUUUUAUUUGGGCAUGUGGAUAGAAGGAUUAGGCAAAUUGUUUAGCUUCGGUGGUCUUGGUUUAUGGAGUAUCGUUGAUUUUAUCUUAAUUGUAUCCGGAUAUGUAAAGCCUCCUGGAGAUGCUGUAUACUGGUGAUAUAAUAGGACGCAAUAGUGAUGUAAAUCACCCAUAUAAUUCAAGGUAAUUUAUACUUUUUACUACUUCCAAUAAUUUCAACAACUAUCUCGUGCUUUAAUUCUUCCUGUCUCCUAUAUAUAACUGUAUCCUUCAAGUGUUAGUUUCUAGUACUUGAACAUAUUUUAAUAACUUGUAUAUUUUUCAUGUAUUUGUUUCUGUUCCUUCUGAAAAUAUAAUCUCAAAUCUUUUUUUAUGCAAAUGUUCAUGGUUAUCCUAAUAAUUUUUCAUUUUAGUCAGAUGAUAAUGUUUGUCGAUAGUUUUCAAUCAAAAUAUUUUCUUUCAAAAAUUUUGUCUUUAGCGGUAUUAAUUCAAUUAACACUGUUCGAUUUAGUGAUAAACAGAUUAUCUAUCAUUAUGAUUAUAAUAUUAUAUCUAUGUAACAUCAAUACGACAAUUUAAUUAACACUAGUCAUCAAUUGCUUACUUAACCUAAAUUGCAUUUGUUUAUUGUUCCUAAGAUUCCUCCUGUAUCGUUGCACUCUAGGUGUUGCGUAUGAAAAAGUACUCUAACAAAUUAAACUUACAAAACCAUUAUAGUGGAUUUGUUGUUCUAAUAAGGUAUGGCAACUUGGAAUGAUGCAUAUAUGUGUCUGGUCAUAUGUUGUAGCUGACUAACUGACUAUAAUGAAUUUCCCUCUACAUAGGACAGUGAUAAACAUUUAUGGUGACUUACAGAAAUUCUCCAAUCACCCAUUUUUACUAACAGCCUAAAUGAGCGAUUGAUAUUCAGUCGUCAACUCUCAAUAAAGUUAAAGAUAUCAAGACUUGGGGCAUAAAAAGCUACAAGUUCUGAUAGAUCAUUUUCAGAGGUUUUAAGCAAGGUAGUUCAGAAUUAUUAUAUAUUCUGACUGAGAUAUUGGUUAUAAUGUCUCCGUAAGAUGUAGUUUCACUUAAUCAAUCUAAUUCUUCCGUUUUGUAGAGAGUGACCUAGAUCCUCUUGUGAUAGUUCUGAAAAAAAAACCCACAUUGAAAAUGAUAAAUAUUGUAGCUUACAAUAAAACGAAGUUAAUACUUCAUAGGUUGGAACUUCUAGGACUGUCAUAUUAUAAACUAUUAUUCCUAUUUUGACCAUAG